AUGCCGCUAAGCGGCGGAGGUGCUGAGGGAGCCAAACGCUUUCUUGCAAAAACUGCAAAGAUGAGAGCAGAUUCUCCAGCACAUCACCCCCCGGGUGCCGUCCUGGAGGAUGAAUGGUCGAUGCACGGCUUGCAGUCGCACGACUAUCCCAGAGGUCGCUCCCAGCCGCAAUUUUUUGCGGUUGAGCGCCGUCAAAGCCUUUCCCAUUCACCACAUGGAUCCUGUGCCUCUCCGGGAACCCCCAGUGAGGUGGCUGGGUCAGACAGGAUAGCCUUCGGGCGGCGCUGUAGUUCUCCCUGCAGUAGCUCGACAACACGGAGCAGGCGCUCUGCGGUGCAACCCUUCAGUAAAGACUUCAGGGAACACAAAGACUUCAAGCGACCCAAGGACUUCGGAACACGAUGA